AUGAUUCUUCUCCUUUUGAGCAGGCUUUCCAUACACAAGCUUCUCAAAGGGGAGAUUUCAGAGGUAGUAGAGGACGUGGCCCUCCUCGUGGAAGAGGAAGAAAUAAUGGAGGAAGUUGUCUUGGUCAGUAAGAUGAAAGUUAGCCAAACAAUGGAGGAAGAGGUCAUGGUAGCAAAGAAUGGCAAUGCCCUUAGCGACGUCAGAGGUGUGCCAAUGGGAUUCUUCAAGCCUAGGCAAAUCAGAGGUAAGAGGAGUGGCGCCCACGGCACUGGCGACACUGUGGGAGGAGAAAGUAGGGGCGCCUAUGGUGCUGGAGAUAAUGCCAUAAAGGGCAAGGUGAGAAGUGGUUUUGGUGUUGUUGGUGACACUGUAGGAGAUUAG